AUGUUAUUUCAUAAAGUGCUAAUAAGUUUACUAUGCACAGUGUGGUUUCGUGCUGGCCACGCUGUAGAACUGGAUCUGAAUAAUUUGGACUCCUUAAGAAAUGCCACUUCUUUAGUCGCAUACGGUCUUAUGGAUUACUACAACGGUCUACAAUAUGGUCAAACCAUCGGUAUGUUCUCAAACCCAUACUACUGGUGGGAAGCAGGUGGUGCUUGGGGUACAAUGAUCGAUUAUUGGUAUUACAUGCAAAACGAUACCUAUAACGAUAUCAUCAUGCAAGCUUUACAAUAUCAAACCGGUGUAAACAACGAUUACGUCCCACUGAAUCAAUCCACUACAGAAGGUAAUGAUGAUCAAGCUUUCUGGGGUAUCGCUGUCAUGUCCGCUGCUGAAAGAAACUUCACCAACCCACCUGCUGACAGACCACAAUGGUUAUACUUAGCCCAAGCUGUCUUCAAUACAAUGGCUCUACGUUGGGAUGACCAAACUUGUAACGGUGGGUUAAGAUGGCAAAUUUUCGUUUGGAACUCUGGUUACGAUUAUAAGAAUUCCGUCUCCAAUGGUGCUUUGUUCCAUAUAGGUGCUAGAUUAGCAAGAUUUACAGGUAAUGACUCCUAUGUUGAGUGGGCUGAAAAGGUCUACGACUGGAUGGAAAGUGUCAAUUUGAUCGAAGACGAUGGUAAGGGUGCCUUCGUUUACGAUGGUGUCAAUAUUGGUGAUAAUUGUACAAAGGUAACAAAUCUUCAAUGGACUUAUAAUCAUGGUUUAAUCUUGUCCGGUUGUGCAUAUCUAUACAAUUAUACAGGUGAUGCAAAAUGGUACAAUAGAACAGAACGUUUCUUGGAAUAUGCUUAUGUCUUUUUCAACCGUACUGUUAUGUUUGAAGCCGCUUGUCAGGGUGUACAUACCUGUACUACAGAUCAACGUACUUUUAAAGCCUACUUCUCAAGAUUUUUAGGUAUGACUGCUCAAUUGGUUCCAGAUACACAACAUACUAUCAUGACAUAUAUGAACGCUUCUGCAUACGGUGCUGCUCAAUCUUGUUCCGGUGGUUAUGAUGGGCACACCUGUGGUAUCAACUGGUUCUAUGGUGGUUGGGAUGGUUAUUAUGGUUUAGGUGAACAAAUGUGUGCGUUAGAAGUAAUGAUCAAUACAAGAGCAUUACAUGUCCCAGGACCUUAUAACAGUACGAACGGUGGUUCAUCAACCGGUGAUGGUGCAGCAGGUACAGAACAACAUCCUACUAACUUGUCUCCUUUGAAUAUUACUUCAGGUUCAAGAGCGGGUGCCGGUAUUAUUACUGCAAUUAUAGGUAUCUCCAUCAUUGCAUGUGGGUUAUGGUUAAUAGUAUGA